CGCGAGGGUGUGUGGUGGUCGGUGAGCGUGGCGUGUGCGGCCCUCCUUCAGCCGCUCCAGCUUCCCUCCUCGUAGGACAUGGCGAAGAGCCUGAGGAGCAAAUGGAGAAGGAAGAUGCGGGCGGAGAAGAGGAAGAAGAACGCGCCCAAGGAGCUGGAGAGGCUGAAGAAGAUCUUGGGAACCAAUGCGGAUGUCAUAAUGGAGGAGGUCAAGGAGGUGGCGACCGUGCUGCCCCCCAAGAAAGUUCUGGAGCAGAGAGAUGACUGCAAAAUGGAGCUGGAUAAUAAACGAAACAAAAAAACUCUUCUAGACCAGCAUGGACAGUACCCAAUAUGGAUGAAUUCCAGGCAAAGAAAGAAGCUUAAGGCUCAGCGCGCUAAAGGGAAAAAAAAAUCAAAAUUGGCCAAAGGCCUCAUCUGGUAAAAUCAGUUUUGUAAGCUCAUGAAUAUUUUGUUUAACAAAAUAAAUUUCUCACAUAAAUUAAUGCGAUUUUGUGCUUGGUCACUGAGUAUAAUCUAUUGUGUUGAACGAAUUUUUGAAGAAACUGUUUGGGCAGCAAAUGAUGGAAGAAAUAGCAGCUUGGUGUCUGCCAAACUUAAAAAGCAAACUGAGUGCCUUUGAAUAGACUAAUUGGCCUGUGGUUAUCUGUUUUCUUGGGGGGUGAGGGACUUCAUCUCUUAUACUGUGAACACUGAAAACAGUAAAGGAAAUCCUAAAAGUAAUUAAACCAAAUGUUUUUGUACUGUGGUCUUUGUCAGUGUAAUUUGUCUUUUAGUAAAUAUAACCAAAGGAUUCUGUAAA